CUUUUAUCAUAGCUGUAUUACGUUUGAGCUUACUACAGUACUCGGCCUUGCCGCUUUCCCAAUACAUCGCUCGCUCCAUUUCCUUCUGUAAGGCGCAAAGCACAGAUGGCGAAGGCCCAGCAAGUGGUCUCACCGUUUGAGAAGGCCAUGAUGGUCAUCGUUGGCAUUAUUACGGGCAUCGUUGUGGGCUACUGCGUGAUGGAGACUGCGGAGGCGGUAUUCGCUGCCAGCGAUACAACCUUCAUCAACCAGCCCGGCCACGUGGGCGGGAACAUCUAAGCGCGAACCCUUGGUCGCGUCCUUCACGGACCUAUGGAGCACAGGCAGCAGCUAGCCACAUGGGCACACAGCCGUCGUGCCGUGCCGCUACUGCGCGUCUGCGGGCUCCACCGCGGCCGCUGCUGUUGCCUCCGGCGCGAGGCCCUGCUGCGCCAGUGCAUUGGCGGCUGCUCGCCGCAGCAGCGCUUGCUGGGCUGCAGGGACGUCGCCGGCCAGCCACUGCUUCAUGGCACUGGCCUGCAGCGCGCGGCCAAAGGAGAAAGACAGCGCCCAGGGCCUGCGUGCGCGUUGGGGAUGGGGACACCAGAUGGGGAGGUGGGAAGUUUGCGAAGGUUUGAGUACAGGUAGUGCAGCAGGCAGGCACAGACGCGUGGGCGGUGUGGGUAGUAUAGCGAAGUAGACGAGGACCCGUGACGAGGACGCAGAAGUGACGAUUUUCGACUGCGGGAGCAGUCAUCGUAGCUAGAAGAGCAUCUGUAGCACUUGUCGUGAUGACAGGGCCUUGGAACGCUCUGGCAACAAGCAAGUGGAAGCACCUGCGGGCCAGCGCCCACUCACAGCGGCUUGCCGGCGGCCCUGCGCUCGGCGGCCAGUCGGCCCAGGGCCGCCAUGUGGGUGGUGGCCAGCUCCUCGCUCUGGCCGCCAGACAGGAAGACGACACCCGGCAGGGCGCGAGGCACGGUGCCCAGCAGCACGCGCAGCGUCACCUGCGCCACCUGCGGGGUGCGGCGGUGGUGGGCAGUGCGGUGAGAGGAGGCGGCAGGGCAAGGGAUGGGGCGAGGUACAGUUCGCAGAGUGGCGGCGGUGAUGUGCAAUGGAGUGUGAGCGUGUUCCGCGCUACGGUAUAAGGGUGACCAGGGAGGGCUAGUUGCUUGGUUGGCAUGCAGCGUGAACGCUGAGAGAGUACUAUGCCGAUAAGAACCAGUGCAUGUUGUGAGCAUUAUUGUGAGCAUAUAGUCCGGUAAUGGACCACAUGCGUGCGUCUGCGUGGAUGCAUCAGGGUGUGGGUAUUGUUGUGGGUGUGCAAUGGUCUGUUGGGUCUGGUGUGUUAUCAGCAGGAGCAUGCAAGUGCUUGGCAUGACAUACAGAAUUGUUACAGGCGAUCGCCGAAUCCCGUGUGUAAGCACUUGAUACUGAG